AUCAGUGUGCGCCGGAACAGAGGGAACACAACGGCCCUGAGUGUAGGCAUCAGGCUGAGCUGGCUGCUUACGGCUGCUGCUGCUGGUGGUGAAUUUCGUUAGCGGAUUUCUGUUUUGAAUGUUGUCGAUGCAAGUGUAGCAGUUCUUCGAUCAGACGUAUUUUUUUAUACAAUACUUUAUCAACAAGUAAUUGUCUAAACUCUUUUUACGAGCACAAUCUCCUUGUUUUUGGUUCGACGCCAUGGAUUCCGCCAGUCAAGACAUCAAUCUGAAUUCUCCAAAUAAAGGCCUGGGCUCAGGCUCUCUGUCAGAUAUGCCAGCAGAGAUAGGUGCGUCUGCUGGGAGUCCAGUAACACUUCCUCCAGGACUAACAGAGGAGGAGGCAGAAGAACUAAAGACUGAACUCACCAAGGUGGAGGAGGAGAUUCAGACUCUACGGCAAGUACUGAUGGCCAAAGAGCGCCACGCAUCCGAACUGAAGCGCAAGCUCGGCCUCAGCCCUCUGAGCGAACUCAAACAGAACAUCACCAAAAGCUGGCAGGACGUGCAGACCUCAAAUGCCUAUGUAAGAACGAGUGAGAAACUGGGCCAGUGGAACGAGAAGAUUGCAGGAUGUGAACUAUAUCUUUCAGCCUCUGCCACUCUGGAUGACAUUGCCAACUCUGAAGUGUACAAGAAGACUCAGGAAACACUGUCUCAGGCAGGACAGAAGACCUCAGCAGCCUUCUCCACCGUGGGCUCUGCUAUCAGUAGAAAACUAGGCGACAUGAGAGCGCUGCCUUUCUCUAACUCCUUUGGUAGCAACUACUCCAUUCGCCAUUCGAUAAGUAUGCCAGCUAUGAGGAACUCCCCAACUUUCAAAUCAUUUGAGGACAAAGUUGGAAAUCUUAAGUCGAAGGUGGUUGGAGGGAGGGCCAAUGGCGAUGGCCCCGAGUCUCCGACCGAGUCGAACCCUGUGCAGGACAACGCACCAUUCUGAGCCUCUACACUCCCAAACGAACACUCAUCUCAUCUGUUAGUGAAGCCUGACCCUCUACAGCCACCAUCACUUCUCUCACUCACUCUAUCUCUGCCUCUCCCUCCCUCCUCCAGCUACUCUUUAGACCUAAAGCUUGCAUGUGCUCGUCUCACCUCUCCACUCACAUCACAGCUUGCGUGACAUGGACUCAUCCAAAAAGGAUUGUACAAAAAAAGAAGAAAAAAAUGUUACAACCAUUUUGUAUUCUAAAGUAUUUUACACUGCUUUGCAUAAUGUUUUUACAUAACGUAAAUAUCUAUAUAUGAAUAUAAAGAAUACAAAUAAUUAUAUUUAAACUGUACUGCCAAGCAGCAUUCAUCAGAAAGGGGAAAGGAGAAGAAACCUGGAGAGGGGAGAGGGCUGCUCUUUGAACUACUCACACAAGGGGAACGUGCUGCAGUUUUCUACGCUGCUCUUCAUUAAUUUGAGGACUUUUUUACUCCGAGUACAAUGUGAAGCAACGCUUUACAGUACAUCUGGUGAAUGUCUAAUCCUUUGUCUGCCUUACACUAUCACCCCGUUUCUUUCUGUUGAUUUUUGCUGGUCAAAGCAAGUCACAUUAAGGUUCUUUUCUCUUUUCCUGUCCUCUUUUGCUUUUUCUGCUCUUUGUUUCUUGUGUUGGUUUGGUGUACCAUAGUGGUGGGCUUGUUCUGUUUACGCCUUGUACGUUAAUGUCCGCCUGCCUUUGCUUUUAUUCCAGUGCUUUGUGCCAGCCAACUGAGGCCAUUUAAAGACCUUCUGCUGUUGAAACGAAGAGCUAUUUCACCAACUCGCACUCACACUAAUUACUAUAAGAGUCACUUUUGAAUAUAGCUCUUGCUUUAGCCUGCACUACCCCAAUAUGUAACACACUGACUGAGACCAGUGGUAUCAAACUCUUUUUGUUAUUUACAGUAUAUAUUAGACUGCAUACUUGUGUAGUUUGUUUGGUAGCACGGUCACUUUGCAUUUCAAAACCAAUCAUUGGCCAUUUUUUCAAUUGUUAAUCAUUUUUAUUUUGCCUCAUUUCUCCUAUUUCAUCAUUUCCGCUUUUCUUUGUGUCAGUGGAUUGAAUUAUUUCAGUAGACUGCUACACAUUAUUAUCCUAGACUGAGCUAGAAUUUGAGGGAUUUAUUAUAUCUAUUUGCCAGAAAUAUGUACAGCUAUGCUGCCAGUAAUACACAGCAGGGGUAUUGGGAUUCAUCUUAAUGUCAUGACUGUACCUUUCUAUUAUCAAUGAGCGAAAGGUGUAUCACUUUGAGCAUUUUUUUUUUUUUUUUUUUUUUAAUAUAAAUAUUAGAGAAAUGAUAUAUCCCUUAAGCUGCAUACAUGUAAAUGGGACCGGCUGUUGUAGAGCACAUGAGCACAAUAUAGCUUUAAAUCUGAGAUUGUAGCUCAACUUUACAAAAUGAGAGGAUCUGGUUUUCUUUUAAGGAAUUGGUGGAAUACUCAUUUAUGUUAAUGUCAGUGUUUGUUCUGUUUAUCAAUAAAGCAUUCCUUCAAAUAA